CAUCGUGAUGGACACACUGAGACUAGUUGCAAGCUAAAUUAUCGAGGAUAAGAUAGAGAUUUUCAUCUGAAAAAAAGGAAUAAAAUAUACGGACAGUCUUGAAAUACUUUACUUAGAUAUGGUAAAUGUCACAAAAGGCAUCUUGGUCGAAUGCGAUGCAGCUAUGAAACAGUUUCUUCUGCACUUGGAUGACACAAGCGCAUUAGGAAAGAAAUUCAUAAUUCAAGAUCUGGACGAGAGACAUUUGUUCAUAUCUGCCGAUAUAUUGGACACUUUGCAAGCUAAAGUGGAUGAUUUGAUGGAUCAGAUAUCCUUUCCAUUAGCAGAGAAAGGAAUGUGAACAUUUACGCGAAGGAAGAAGAUAUCAUUGUUGCAGUUUGAAAUCUCAAAGAAUGGCUGCUCGCGAGUCUGGUAGAA